AUGAUUGCUGCAGUUGCUAAAAAUGCAUCUCCUCUGACUAUGGCAACACAAGAGCAUUUUGGCGAUGGGAUCCUCCACCCCCCUCGUACCAGGAAGCAUACAUUGGAACUCCUCAUUGAUAUUGCCAAGAUGGUUGAUCCCUGGGACCUCGACAAGUUCCAGAAAGCGGCUAAAGCUCUCAAUCUGUCUGGAGUCCACAUGCCUUACUGGCAUGAUUGGAUAUGUGCAUGCCUGUCCAUCUUCCUUGCUGGUGAAAUUCUACAUACCUGCUUCAAAUUUUCUGCCAAUCACCCACUUAAAUGGGUGAAGGAGACUAACCCAGUUCAUUCGCUCCAAUCACUCCAAGCCAUGAUGCAGGCACUUUCAGAUUUUCACUCCUUCAAGGACACUAUCGUCGCUGCAGAAGUGAGGAAGGGGAAGAAUGGUGUGAAAGAGGAUUUCUUUAUUCCAAAACUCGAGCUAAUGCAGAGUUUUGAGGGUACAAUCAGGAGGUUGGGCACAUUGAUGCAAUUCUCAGCUGAUACGACAGAGCGAUUGCUCAUAAUGCACUGUAAGGACCUUUUCCCCAGAUGGCUUGACAAUGAGUCGAUGGAAAUCUUUGGUUUAUAUGCAUUGUUGACUUCUCAGGGAGCAUCACUGGUCAAUGCCAUACACACUGAAGAUGAGGAUGUCACAAUCACUAAUCCUGCGCUCUCCUGGGUUUCCCACAUACUCCCUGACGAGGUGAAAUCAGUUCAUGGUCCCAGACCAGUCCGUAACCACUUUCUUAAGGGCAUUCUUUCUGGAGAUGCACUCACUGCUUUCCAACUGAAUGUUACCCCAGACUAUAAAUCACUGUCACUGGCUGAAAUACACACGAAAUACACACUCCCUGACUUUGAUCGCGUGCUCACCGACUUCAUUCAUCAUUCAUCCCUGGCCAACAGCAAGCACACCCACUGGGACCCCAAAUAUGGGCGCUUCCAGGUGUGGAACAAGUUUCAGCUGCAGCUGCACUCGGCCUUCCAGCCACGGGUCAUCAUGCCAGGCAGAGUAGUACAAGCAUACCCGCCAAGCAAUGAUUUCCCCUUGGGUAACUGCAACACCAUUCUUAUUGAUGGCCCAGGCAUGGAUGACAGCAUAAUGAGUCAUGUCACACAAGUUCGACUGAUUUUUCAGCCAACGAUUCAACAAGGUUCUGAUGUGGAACUGCCAGCAUGCCUUUCUAAUCUGCUUCUCUAUGUCCAGUAUUUCUGUUUCAUCUCUUGUCCUGAAGACCAUCCUGAACUCAUGAUGUGGACCGUGGAACAUGUGUACACUCAUGAUGCAAAUGGUAACUGCCAUAGACAGGGAGCCAUCAUGCAGGUUAUGGAUGCAACACAUGCAGUCGAAUUGAUACCGGAGUAUGGUGAGGCAGUGGACAAGAGCAUGACCUCUGCAACAUGCUUGGAAAGCUACAAGUGUUUCUUUCUGAAUAAUUUUGCAGACAAGGAGAGUUAUCACGUAUUCAGUACCAAGUUUGUAUAG